AUGCAAGGAGUGCCGUACCCUCUUGUGUGUGAUCAUCGUCCUGACUGCUCCGAUAACAGUGACGAGAGUUUCUGCGUCUUUUCUUCAUGCCCUUGGUACAAAAACGUUUUCCAGUGCAGCAACAAACAGUGCAUUCCAGAUCAGUUCCGAUGCGAUGGAUUCUGGCACUGCCUAGAUGGCUCAGACGAAGUAAAUUGCCCUUGUCAUCGUGUGUCUAGAGUCAAAGAAGGUCUUCCUCCACCAGCUGUCAUAGACAUUGACUCGGAUGGUGCGCUGAGAGGAGUGAAGCCACUGAUUACGACAAACCAGCCUCUGUGUCCUAAAACCCAUUUCCAAUGUCCAGGAAUUGACAUCUUACUGUCUUCCGUCUAUGUCCGCUGUAAUGGUGUCUUUGACUGUCCUGGUAAACAGGACGAGACGGCGUGUGACACCUACACCUGUCCCGGCUACUACCGCUGCCGCUCGUCACCACGUCUGCCUGCACCCUGA